UUUUUUCCACCAACUACUCUCGGGUCGUGUUAAUUUAAUAUUUAAUUACAACAUUUAAGCAUUGCUGCAUUGUGCUGUGGUCUUUAAAUUGUGCCGCGUGCGUCUGUGCGUACAGCAGCAUUUGUGCGUUGUAAAGCGAGAAAAAGUGUAGCAAAUAUUGAAUAAAAGGCCACGAACACAAACUGUCGGCACAUUCAGAUUCAAGAGUAAGCAACGCACAGUGAGGACGCCGCCAAGGACGUUGAUGACAAGGAAUAAACUACAAUAAUAACAACAGCAAAAGCAACGAUAACAUCAACAACAACAAAAGUUUCCAAGGAUUAAUACCCUGUGCAGCUUCCACCAGUGAAAGUGUGUCUGACCAACGUCCUCGCCCGCCAGUCGUGCGUGUGCGUGCGUGCGUGCGUGAGUGUGAGUGUGGCACAGAGGCAUUGACGACUUGACUUGGCAAGGCAGCAGUCAUCUUCAUAUAUAAAUAAUGUCUUCGCCAAUAGCACAGAGUAACAAUAGCCAGUCGCAAUCCUCUGGAGCGUCGACGCAGCAACAACAGCAACAAAAUCAAAAGGCAAACGCCACCGGUGGCACCACCAAUAACACACACGACAAGAAUGCCACAGGGACGACGGGGACGGCAUCUAGUGGUGCUGGCUCAGCGGCCACACAAGCAGCAGCAACCACAGCAUCUGGUGGCGGUGGGGCAGCGCAACAGAGCCCCACAAAACGGAGCACAAUAUCCACAAAGGAGCGUGUGAUCGACAGCGUGCCGUUUCCACCCAGUCGCAAAUUGACAUGUGCCGAUGUAUUCGAUGCACGCACUGGAAAGCCACACCAUGAUGUACUUAAGCAGCACUUCAUACUUGAGGGUCGCAUCGAAGAGGCAGCCGCGUUGCGGAUCAUCCAGGAAGGAGCUACACUGUUGCGUCAGGAAAAGACCAUGAUCGAUAUUGAGGCACCUGUGACUGUGUGCGGAGACAUUCAUGGCCAGUUCUACGAUCUUAUGAAACUCUUCGAGAUUGGAGGCUCGCCGGCCACUACAAAAUAUCUCUUCCUGGGCGACUAUGUGGAUCGAGGCUACUUUAGCAUCGAGUGCGUCCUGUAUCUGUGGUCGCUGAAGAUCACCUAUCCGCAGACGCUGUUCCUGCUGCGUGGCAACCACGAGUGCCGGCACCUCACUGAGUACUUCACGUUCAAGCAGGAGUGCAAGAUCAAGUACUCGGAACGUGUGUACGAUGCAUGCAUGGAUGCGUUCGACUGCCUACCGUUGGCGGCUCUCAUGAACCAGCAGUUCCUCUGCGUGCAUGGCGGUCUGUCGCCGGAGAUACAUGAACUGGAGGAUAUACGACGGCUCGAUCGUUUCAAGGAGCCGCCCGCCUUUGGCCCCAUGUGCGACCUAUUGUGGUCGGAUCCGCUGGAGGACUUUGGCAACGAGAAGAACUCGGAUUUCUACACGCACAACUCGGUGCGCGGCUGUUCGUACUUCUACAGCUACGCCGCGUGCUGCGACUUCCUGCAGAACAACAAUCUGCUUUCGAUCAUAAGGGCGCACGAGGCGCAGGACGCCGGCUACCGCAUGUACCGCAAGAGCCAAACCACCGGUUUCCCCUCGCUAAUCACAAUUUUCUCGGCGCCUAACUAUCUAGAUGUGUACAACAACAAGGCGGCGGUGCUCAAGUACGAGAACAACGUGAUGAACAUAAGGCAAUUCAACUGCUCGCCGCACCCCUACUGGCUUCCCAACUUCAUGGACGUGUUCACCUGGUCGCUGCCCUUCGUUGGCGAGAAGGUCACUGAGAUGCUGGUGAACGUGCUGAACAUCUGCUCCGACGACGAGCUGAUGACAGAGGAGAGCGAGGAGCCUUGCUCCGAUGACGAGGCGGCACUGCGCAAGGAGGUCAUACGCAACAAGAUACGAGCCAUCGGCAAAAUGGCGCGCGUGUUCUCCGUGCUGCGCGAAGAAUCGGAAUCGGUGCUGCAGCUGAAGGGCUUAACGCCGACUGGCGCACUCCCGCUGGGCGCCCUCUCCGGCGGCAAACAAUCGUUGAAGAAUGCCAUGCAGGGCUUCUCCCCCAAUCACAAGAUUACCUCGUUCGCGGAGGCCAAGGGCCUGGAUGCGGUCAACGAGCGGAUGCCCCCUCGUCGGGAUGCAACGCCAUCGCCGGCGGAGGAGGGUCAGAAAUCACUGUCAGCGGCGGCUGCAGCAGCGGCCAAUGCAAAUGCGAAUGCAAUCAAUGGAUAAUUCUAAGUCAGCAGCAACAGAAGAGCAGUCAGAGGAGCUGCAGAUAAGCAGCAGAUAAGCAGCAGCAGCAGUAGCUAAAAAGUCAGUUAAGGCAGUUUAAGUAAACGGUGGGAGGGAGAAAGCAAAUACAAACACAAACACACUCGGAAAACAAAUAUACUGUUAGUUUCAAGCAAAAGCGCCAAUACAUACACACACACAAAAUGUGCAUACAUGCAUGCAUACAUAAAUCAUCACUUACACGUAAAACACAGAGCAUCAGCAAUAACAACAGCAACAACAACAAACAACAUGCGUUGCCGUCGCCGUACAGUUAAAAAAAGAAAACAGAAACAAUUAAAGAUAACAGAAGAAGACGUCACAGUUUGAAAUGCGUGCGCACGCAAUAAAUGCAAAACAACAAAAAGAAAAUAAAGACAAAGCGCAAAUGUUUACUUAUUGGUAUUAAAAGGAAAAGAAAAACAAAACAAGAGAAAAACAAAAAAUGUAAAAUUAAUUAUAAAAUGCAGUUAAACAAGUAUAAAAAUUAUAUAUAUAUAUUAUACAUAUAUAUCAAAAUUUUGUGCAACGUUAUAUCAAAAACAAAAAAGGCAGCAACAAAGCUAAGCAAAGUUAACGGUCGCGCUGCUUCAAAGCAAUUCCUGGCGUCGACGUUGACGUCAAUGUCACGCCACAGUUAAAGCAGCAGCAGCUAAGAAAACCAAACUUAAGUGAAAUUAUUUGCAAACAAAAAUGUAAAAUCUUCAUAAAGAAAAAGCUCGUCUCUGUAUUAAAAAAAAAAUCCCAAAAACAACAAAUUCUACUAAUCUUACUACUACUUUCGUUGUGUGGCGUCUGGGCGACUUUUUAGCAGAUAAACAACAACAAUAAACACCAAUAAGCAGCUAUAAAUGCUAAAUUACUAAAAAAAAAAAAAAAAUAUUUUACUACAAUAUUUUAAUACAACAACAACAAGCAAAAUGACUGAAUCUCUAUCUUACUCUUUCUCUCUCACACACACAACUAAAAACAACCACACACACACACCCACGAUUACAUACACACACAAACAAACAUACACACACAGAGACACACGCAUGAUGCAUAAACUUAAAGUUUAUAGUAUAUUGUCGUCGCCAUUGUCGCCUCACACUCUCUCAUCUGGUGAUUGUGUAUGUGGUCUUUAUAUACGUGCCAUCUUUGUCGUAGUCAUUAGCUGAAUAUAUAAAAAGUAAAAAAUAAAAAAAAACAAACAAAACAAAACAUACUAUGUAUAUGAAUUAUAUUGUUUAUGCUGCAGCGACGCAGGCGACGACGUGUUCUAUGCAACCACAGCAGCAGCGCAGCGACAAAAAGAGCGGCGUUUAACGGUAUUCCCCGAGAUGCACGCCAAGGCCCCAAGGUCACUUACCACUCGCCACUCACUCUCUCACACUCACCCCACUCCUCUCCAAAUCUCGAACGAGUGCGCAAAAAAUGAAUGUUGUUGCCUCACAUUUGCGCCUGCGUCGUUGUGCGUAACUUUUUUAUACUUAA